AUGAAUGAGCAUCUAGCAGGUGACUGCCACCCACAUCGAGACUACCUGUGUGAAGAAUCGGAUGGCUUGCGACUGCUAGCAAAUCCGUCCGUGUACUCGACACCGCUCCCAGCGCCAAAUGCUUCUCCCAUGUCGCCUAAACACGAUAUGGAAUGGGCGGUGCGGGAGGUGGCGAGUGUAUGCGAUCGCGAUGCAAACGAGAUUGAAACGAACAUCCGCCUUUUGUAUUCGAACAAUAAUUGCCUGGAAGAGAUUACUGAGGCUCUCAAAAGAGCUCGUGGUGAUCGAAUCAAGGCAGCGGAAUUUUUGAAACAGCGUUCGAAUUCAAAAAAAGAGUAA